GACCAGCCUUCCGAUCGAUACUCCAAUAUCGGAGGAUCAGUCUGAUUCGUGACCAGAUCCAGUUCGUGCCGUAAUUUUCUCGUCUAGCAGCGUGAAGUCUCUGGCAAGAUGGUCAACAACACGCUCAACUUCAGGCCGCUGCUCAGGCAAAAGAAACGUCUCUUCUGGCUAGCCGUCUGGUGCACGACCGCUUAUCUGCUCUUGACCGAGCUCAGGGGGUACCACCAAUCUCAAUCUCAUCCCGCCGACCCGAUCUCGUUGGCGAAGAAAGAGGUCAACUCGAAAUUGAAGCAGGCGACCAAGUUCCGCUCGUCCUCCAGUAACAACAAUAAUAAUAACAAUGCGCACCCCGCUUCCGGUCCAAAGUCGAAGUCGAUCCAGGGCGAGGGAUAUUGUUCAGAGAAAGAAUACCUAGAAGGAUCAUGGGUCAAACGACAGGUGCCGUUGAGGGAUUUUAAGGAGGUUAGGGAGGCUUUUGGGUUACAGGACCUAACCGAGCUCAAAUGUCACGCAGUCGACGACGCAGCCCCCCGUCUCCCCCCCGACCCCGAAUACACAGCCCGGGUCCUAGAAACAGCUCAAUACGAAUGGAACACGACGAACGGGUGUAAGAAGUAUGCGUUUGAUAGGAUGGCUUUUGCUAAGAGGUGUUUGAGGGCUAAAGCUGGGGUUACGUUCAUCGGCGACUCGUUGACCGAACACACUUGGCACGUAAUAACCGGCCUCAUGGUCGGUUCCGACGAACUCUUCUGGUGGGACGGUACUCCGGACCACAACUUCCGUCUCAUGCUCCGAAAGGACCAUCCUCUCGCCAUCCCCCUCCUGGACGCAGCUAGGGUGGGACACGACCGCGCCGACACCCCCUUGGCUUCGUUUUAUCGGGACCACCACGUCAUGUCCCGGGACGAGAUGGAUGCCGCUUUCGCUGGCGUACAAGGAUACCUACCCUUCAAGGAGAGGAGCGAGGAACAAUUGAAGGUGAAAUGGGUGUUCGAGGAGACGAAAUGGUGGAGGUGGUGGCAAAAAAAGUUCACCACGCCGAUCGGGUACGACCUGGGGAAGCUCUUACCUCAGGGUCCGGUCAGGCCGGAAAAGAGCGUCUUGAUCUUCAACGUCGGACCGCAUUGGAGUCGAGGUGAAUUGGCGGCCGAUCCUGAGCAGAUGAGCUUUAACGCGGUCGCCGAUGGGUAUACCAAACUGGUCGCUGGGGUUCUGGAGAAGCUGCGUACUCUGCCUCGGAACGAGAUAUUAGCCUUCUGGCGAGCGGUCUCUCCGGGAGAUCCUGAAUGUGAACAAUAUCCUGAACCCGUCAACAAUCGUACCACGCACUUUUCGGUCAACAACCCCCUGGCCGAACAGUUUAACUGGAACGCUUACCCGGAAAUGAAUCGACAUACCUCUUCCCGGCUAUCAUACCAGCCUUCCACCAGUUCUGUCCGACUCCGACCAUCUCCCGAACCCCUGAGAUACCUGGACGUCUGGCCGCUCAGCGUCACUCGACCUGACGCCCACCUGAAGCCCGCCAUCGACUGUAUGCAUUAUUGCAUCCCCUCGGCGCCCAACGAGUGGAUCAGUUUUCUCUGGCACCUCAUGGUCAUUGAUGCGGCCAACGAUGACUAUAUAGAUCAGGAGCCGAUCUUGCCGAUUCCCGCGACGUAGAUGACAAAUGCUUUCUGGUCGAGGUUUGAGCUGCAUGUAUAUUCGCUGUCUCGUAACAUUCAUUAAACGGAACUUAUGAUAUUGAUAAUGGAUCAG